GGAAUCCUUGCCUUGGACUUCCGGUCUUUCACAAACCACCUCUGUGGCCUCCUAGUAUAGGAUUUGCAGCCAUCGACCGCGUAAUAACCAUCAAAAAGCCAUGUCGGGCAACAAACUCAUCGUCAUCUUGGGAAGUGGACCUGGCAUAGGAGCUUCGACGGGGGCGCUUUUCGCGUCCAUGGGCUUCGACGUCGCAUUGCUCUCUCGAAACGUUGAACGACUUGGUCAAGAAGCUGCUAGAGUACAAGCAGCAAAUCCCCGUGUCAAGGUCAAAGCUUAUCCCGUUGAUGUUGGAGACCACAACGCCCUGGCAUUAGCGCUGGGCAAAGUCGGUACAGAAUUGGGACCGCCGGAAGUGGUAUAUUUCAACGCAGCAAGAGUCGCGCCCUCGAGGAUCGGUGGGACCAGUCCGGACUUCCUGCUGGAGGACUUCAAGAGCAUGAACCUUGGCCUUUUCGUAGCAGCGUCAUGGGCGUUGCCACAUUUGACCGCCGCGGCCGAGCAACCAGGGACCCAUCCAUCGUUCCUGUUCACCAACAGCGGCCUGUGGGAUCGUCCGCUGGCAAACUUUGCAUCACUCUCCAUGCAGAAGGCCGCACAGUAUAACCUGAUGCUGAGCCUGAAGCAGAUGGUGGAAGCGAGAGGGGUCCAUGUCGCCGGCGUCAACAUCGGCGGGCUCGUUCGAGAGGAAGACCCUGUCAUCAACCCGAACAACAUCGCGCGAGCUCUCUUCGAUUUGUCCCAGGAGGACAAGCCCAACUGGCAGUGGGAGGUCAAAGUGGGAGACUGGGACGAGUUCCUGAAGCAGAUGUCGGCGGCUCAGAAGGCUGCAUGAUCAUUGUGUGCAGUAUUUGUCUAUGUCCAUGUGGCGAUGCUUGUAAUCAUAUCAUACCUUUGGCUGGAUGUACUUCUGUUGCCUCACGCGGGUGUGCCAAGUACAAAUAAAAAUUCCCUAGAGAUGGAGGUUUGAUUCAAAGGAUCGAUGAAUAAUC